AUGGCCAAUGCUUUUGCAUCGGCAGAAAAUAGACGUGAAGCAUUAGGAUAUUUAUUCGAUAUGUGUGAUACUUCUCUUGACGGAAGAAUGGAUAUGACUGAAUUAGCAGCUUUUAAUUCGAUCGUUACUACCAGUGUAAAGAAAACUCAGAAUGCUUCGACUUAUGAAGCUAUGAAUGUUGCUGGAAAAAUUUUUAGUUUCAUUGGUUUGAAUGCUGAAAAAAAAUUAACUAAAGAACAAUUUAUUGAAGAAUGUGAAAAAAUUCCAUUACUCAAAACAAUGUUCAAAGUCAAGAAAUAA